AUGAUAUAUACCUUUUCAAGAACAUUUUAUUCUAUUUUAACUGGAAAAUUUAAAAAAAAUGGGUUCAAAAACUUGCAUACGGGUACUUCAAAAGACAUAUCUAAGUCAAUAUCUGACAAUGAAGAUUUCUCUUCACCUGUUUGGAGAAAGAGUGUUUUCCUUGGUUUCUGUGUUUUUAUUGUGUAUAAAAUGGAUCAAUGGUACGCCUCGUUACAUGAAGAAAAAGGGUUUUUUACAAGAUUUUUUGAACAUUUUAUGAUAAAUGAGGAAGAAUAUACUCGUCUUCAUAUUAAUAAGCUUAAAGAAUCCUCAGAAGCUAUCAAAAAAUACAUGCAUCAUCGAGAUAUUAAACGAGAAUCAAUUUAUAAGUUAAAAUAUCCAGAGCUGCUUGAUCCUGAAAAUACAUAUGUGGAAUCAAAAUUAAAGACAGAUGUUUCAUAA